AUGAAGCUAACUCCACAGAUUCUCCGAAAUGCUACCCGCAUGAUAAAUCCCGAAGGGAAGUUAACUUUACUUCUCCGAAAUCUUGAGUUGACCUAUAUUGAGAAUCUCGAGCUCACAACGGACGAUAUUAACGUCAUAGAUUUGACAAACAAUGACAUUGGUGAAUUAUCGGGAGUCCCGACACUUUCAAACUUAGAAGUACUAUUGUUAGGUAACAAUAACAUCAGCAGCAUUGAUGAAAAUGGCUCUUUGCCAUCUUUGCACUCUCUCCUGCUAAUAAACAACAACAUAAGGACAUUCUCAGAACUAGGAAAGUUGCGCCAUUUUGGACAAAUUCAAACCCUCCUAAUGAUGGGGAAUCCAAUCAGUACCGACAAGAGGUACCGGCCGUUCCUCAUCUGGCUUCUUCCGUCCUUGAAAGUGCUCGAUUGCGAGAAAGUGAAGUCUGCUGAAAGAACAGCGGCGGCCACACUAUUUGGCGCUUCUUUCGAAGAAGCCAAUGCCUUAGCUUUGCAGCUAAUGAAUGGGGAAGAUACUUCUGUGGAAGUAAACAAAGAAGCGUCGAAGGGAGAACGAUUAAUGACUACAACGGUGAAGAAACUCAGCGCCGAGGAAAAGGCGAAGCUCAUUGCAGAGUUAGAAAAAGCCGAGUCCAUGGAAGAAAUCGAACGAAUCCAAACCGCAUUGAAGAACGGCUACGUUGGGUGA